CCUUGUUGCGUCUUUGACGGCACGCACUGAAACCUCCGAGAUGUCGGACAGUCCCCCAUACUGCUCGAGGUCACCCUGCAAAUACGGCAAUAAAGCUUCCGACCCCAAAAACUGACUUCCUGCCCCGCACGAGGAAUUGCAACAUGGCCCGGCUACAGUGGUACAUUGGUAGGACGAAAGGACGGGGAAGUCCCCUCGCAGCUUCAGCUUCGGGGUCAAUGGUCAGCUCUGGGCGAUGGGAAUGGCUUCAACUCCUGCAGUCAUCUCAGCUGAUGGUCUACUUUGCGUUAUACAGCGGAUGUGGCGGCUCGAGACAAGACAGUACUUCAUGUGAUGCGCCGAGAGAACGAGUCCCUGCGCUUCCCAUUUGUGCCCGCGCGGGGAGUGAGAUUCUACGAUGGUGAGGAGAGGUCUGCCGAAGGGGACGGUCAGGUUAUAAAUAUGGGCUCGAUGACCGGCUCGAA